UCUGCAGCGCGGUCCGCAGUGUAGGCGGUGCGAAUAUCGAGGGGGUGGCUGAUGGCUCUGCCAGGCCUUGCCGGAUUGGGGCCCAGCUCCCGCGGGCCGUUGGACGAGGCGGUGGCGGUGGCGGCGGCGGAGGACAACAAGGGUCCGUCCAUGGUGGCGGCGGGAGUCGCUCCAGAGGAGGAUGAGGAGGACGAGGGCCGCUGCCGGGGCCUGCUGCGCUGGGACGGCUUUUCUGCCUGGCUGCACUGCGUGUGUGUGGUGGGCUUCGACCUGGAGCUGGGCCAGGCAGUGGAGGUAAUAUAUCCUCAGCAUUCCAAGCUUACCGAUAAAGAAAAAACCAAUAUUUGCUAUUUGUCUUUUCCAGAUUCAAAUUCAGGUUGUCUUGGAGAUACCCAGUUUUGUUUUAGAUUUCGUCAGUCUUCUGGGCGGAAGAUGUCACUGCAUUGUCUCCUGGAUCAAUUUGACAAAGAUUUACCAGUUUACUUAAAGAAGGACCCUGCUUAUUUUUAUGGAUAUGUGUAUUUCCGACAAGUUCGAGAUAAAACUCUGAAAAGAGGCUACUUCCAGAAGUCCUUGGUUUUGAUCAGCAAGCUACCUUAUAUCCAUUUUUUUCACACUGUGCUAAAACAGAUAGCACCGGAGUAUUUUGAAAAGAGCGAACCUUAUUUGGAAGCAGCUUGUAAUGAUGUUGAUCGAUGGCCUGCUCCAGUGCCUGGAAAAACAUUACACCUGCCUAUCAUGGGGGUGGUAAUGAAGAUACGGAUUCCAACAUGUCAUGACAAACCUGGACCAACUCAAAUAGUGCAGUUAACUCAGCAGGCGGACACACAUAUAUCUGUUAUUUUGCCCACUGUUCAUGAGGUAGAUCUUUUCAGGUGUUUCUGCCCAGUUUUCCUCCAUAGUCAGAUGCUUUGGGAGCUGGUGCUGUUGGGAGAACCCCUUGUGGUCAUGGCACCGUCACCAUCAGAGUCAUCAGAAACUGUAUUGGCACUUGUUAGCUGUAUUUCUCCACUAAAGUACUGCAGUGAUUUCCGACCCUAUUUCACGAUUCAUGAUAGUGAAUUCAAAGAAUAUACUACUCGUACACAAGCCCCGCCCUCAGUCAUAUUAGGAGUAACCAAUCCUUUUUUUGCUAAAACACUCCAGCACUGGCCACACAUUAUUCGAAUAGGAGACCUUAAGCCUGCAGGUGAAAUACCCAAACAGGUGAAAGUGAAAAAAUUGAAGAACCUGAAGACUCUGGAUUCUAAACCUGGAGUUUAUACUUCUUAUAAGCCAUAUCUAAACAGAGAUGAAGAGAUUGUAAAACAGUUACAGAAGGGUGUGCAACAGAAACGUCCUUCUGAGGCUCAAAGUGUUAUUCUCCGACGCUAUUUUUUGGAACUGACACAAAGCUUCAUCAUUCCGUUAGAAAGAUACGUGGCAAGCUUGAUGCCUUUGCAGAAAAGUAUUUCUGCAUGGAAGAGUCCACCCCAAUUAAGACAGUUCCUUCCAGAAGAAUUUAUGAAAACACUUGAGAAAACAGGACCUCAGCUGACCUCUAGAAUAAAAGGUGAUUGGAUUGGACUUUACCGGCAUUUUCUAAAAUCUCCUAAUUUUGAUGGCUGGUUCAGGACACGGCGGAAGGAAAUGACCCAGAAAUUGGAGGCACUCCAUCUAGAAGCUCUUUGUGAAGAGGACUUACUUCUCUGGAUCCAGAAACACACAGAAGUAGAAACAGUAGACCUUGUAUUAAAGCUGAAAAAUAAGCUGGUGCAGGCUGAUCGAGAGCGUUUACCUGUGAAACCUGACACUAUGGAAAAGUUACGGACACACAUAGAUGCAAUUAUCUUAGCAUUGCCAGAGGACCUGCAAGGCAUUCUGCUGAAAACAGGCAUGGCAUGAUAUUUGCCAAGAUUUUCUAGCCAAAAAGGAUUGUGCACCAUGAAGCAUACUGACAUUUCAACCAGAUGAACAAAACAGAUGUCUCAGUGGCAAAGAAGUGGAAAUCAGCUGUGAACGCUAGAUGCAGGGUGGAAAGACUAUACUGUAUGAACAGACCUUUUAGUGCAUUAUUUUUUAAAAUGGUUGUCUGCGGUGGUUCCACUUUAAUACUCAAACACUGAAAGGCUUUCUAUAUUUUUAAUCAUGUUCUAAAGUGCUCUUACGAGAGAACCUGUGGGGCCAUCAGUGUAAGUGAUUCCAAACUGCAGUGCUGGCAUUGCAGAUAUUUUUUUACAUUGGUGCUGCUUUGCCCAAUCAUGUUAAAACUCAGGGGGAUAUAAAAAUAACAUUCACACUGGCUGUCUUCUUAAGAAGAAGGAAAGACUGACUUGUUGAACUAGAGUUAGAAGUAAUCAAUGCUUAUGUAGUGCCUUCCAUUGUCCUACUUGUUUCAUAAAGCCCAGCUGCUAGUCUUGAAGCUUUUUGUUAUCUU